UAACAAGAAUUUGAAGUUGGAAUUUUUCAAUUAUAGUCAUCCAUGAUGAAUGAAGAACUCUGCCAGAUCACCAAUGCCACUGUCAAUUUGGAUGGAAAGUCUCUCAAAGAAAUUCCUGAAGAACUAAUGUUUGAUGAGAAUGUCAGAUUCCUUUCUUUGGCACAUAAUAAAAUUGAACGUUUGCCUAAAGAUCUCAAGAAUUGGCUGCACCUGGAGACAUUGUCAGUGGAAAAUAACAAACUUACCUCAGUUCCAUUUUCCAUUCAGUCACUACAAAACCUCAGAUCUCUGAACCUGAACAAUAAUGGGAUCUCUCAUCUUCCGAAUGAAAUCUGUUACCUUAAGAAUCUCAAACAAAUGUAUCUGAAUCAGAACCAGCUUGUGCAACUACCUACAGCAUUUGGGGACUUGGCAGCACUGGAGGUACUAGGCAUCAGUGCAAACAAGCUCACCUUCUUGCCAAAGUCAAUGGCAAACCUCAAAAACCUUCAUAUUCUAAAUCUUGACUCCAAUCACUUUUCAUACUUCCCUCGUGAAAUUUGCUGCCUCGCCAAUCUCAUCAAGCUGAGCCUUUCAGGAAAUCGUCUGGUGAGUUUGCCCAAGGAGGUUUCGGAGAUGGUGAAUUUAAGAGAGCUAUCCCUCAAUGAGAACAAGCUUACAUUUCUGCCCAGGCAGCUUUUUGAUUUGUCCAAUUUAGAAGAACUCAGCUUGCAUGGAAACCACCUAACUGCUCUGUCAGGUGAAAUUAAGAAACUGCAGGAGCUCCGAGUUCUGAACGUUAGUAAAAAUCGAAUUAGUGUGGUGACUGAGGGGAUAAGUGACUGCAGAAACUUGCGGCGUCUGUCCCUCAGAGAAAACCAAAUAAGCUGCCUUCCCCUGGGCAUCGGGGCUUUGACAAAUAUUACAGAGCUACUGGUUGAUGAAAACCUUCUUGAAAACCUGCCAGAAGGAAUGUGUCAUUUACAAAAGCUUGCAGUGCUUAAAUGUUCAGGCAACGUGCUGAAGGAUGUUCCAAUUGAAAUAAGCAAAUGUACCCUUCUAACUGCAGUAGACUUGAGUAGCAAUCGUCUUCUCCGGAUUCCGCUUGGCAUUUGCUCUUUGGUCACCCUCAGACAUUUGAACCUUAGCUGUAAUUCAGUAUGUGAAGCAAUGGAGGAUAUUGCGUACCUUACAAACCUGCAGCAUCUUGAGCUUAGCAGUAAUAAGAUGACCAUUUUUCCUCUUCAGAUUUGCAAGCUACAAAACCUGCAGUACUUAGAUUUAAGUAACAAUCUGAUAGAAAGAAUUCCAACAGAGAUUAUGGAUUUAAAAAAUAUCGAGGUACUUCUGCUCCAAAAAAACAAGUUGCCCAUUUUCCCCACUGCACUAUGCCACCUGAACAGCUUGUUGGUACUCGACUUAACUGACAAUCAGGUGUCACAUAUUCCAGCUGGCAUGCAAAAGCUUGGAAAUCUUAAAGAACUGAAACUUUCAAACAACCAUUUUAAAGAAUUUCCAUUAGAAUUAUGUGAACUUGCCUCUUUAGAAAGACUAAUCAUUUGCCAGACAAGUGGCUUGAAGCUCACUCAGCUGCCUGAAGAACUGUCAAAACUCUGCAGUCUUAAAGAACUUGAUGUCUCAGACAAUGCCUUACAGAUGAUACCUGACAGUAUUGGAGACCUGAAGAAUCUUUCUAAAUUAAUGUUAGAUAAUAACAAUCUCACUCAGCUUCCAAGAUCCAUUUCUUCAAUGGAAUGUCUGCAGAGCAUCAGUGCCAAAGGAAAUCAACUAAAAUCCUUACCUAGCGAUCUUGAAAAAAUGUGUACAUUACAGAAAGUUGAAUUUGAUGGAAAUCCUCUUGGACGGCCACCUAAAGCUGUGUGUGAAGGAAUGCAGCUGUAUUCCAUUGGACAGUACCUGAAAAGUGCAGACUUACUGGAUGAAAAGCUGCUGCUGAAAAUCUUGAUUUAUGUUUCAAACAACAUUUCACCUGCAGACUUUGAUUUCUUUUGCAAGAAACUAAGCAUACCCAAUAAGGACAUCAAAUAUUUACUGAAUGCAAGAUCGGUGGCACUUCAGGAGAAAGUCCUGCAUGUUUUAAACAGGUGGAGGCAGGAACACAGUGGCAGCCUGGACUCGGCUGCAGCAGUAGACCAGUUAAUAAGAAUACUGAUUAUGGCUGAUUUACAUUAUCUUGCAGUGAGAGUCAAAGCCAUAAAGAUUUAUUCACAAGCAAUCAGACUUUAAAACAUGGAUGUUUAUUAAGACCAAUAAAAAAAGCAUGUAAAGCUGAAUUUGAUUGAAUUCAAAUCCCCCAGUCGAUGUGUAUGCAGUGUAAAGAAAAGUUUCAGGAAAUGUAAAAUACUGCACAAAUAUAACUACACAUGUUAAGCAGAAAUUCACAUGUAUAAAGCUAACACUAGGGCUGAAUGGGGGAGCAGAGACGGGCUUGGUUGCUUCACGGAUCCAGCAUUCUGAGUUUAAAUCCCAUUCCCUGCCCUUCUUUGUAGAAUUUGAGUUUUCCAGAGAUGUGCAAUUCCACUUUGGCUCUGUAUGAAUAUGAGUGUGGGUUUGCGUAUGAAUGGGCCCUGCCCUGUGAUGGCGCCUUGUCCAAGGUUUGUCCAGUGCUGCCACGUCCUUUGCAACCACGAACUCAAAUAUAAGAAUGUUAAAAUUAGAAAAUGAGAGACUGCCUUGACUUGAGUAAGACAGCCAUUCAUUGCUUUAACCGUUAACUUGUGAAAUGGCAGUCAACUGUUUUACUGUAAUAAUCCCCCAAAUCCUCCAUUAUGUUUUUGCUUUUAAUUUAAUGUUGGCAAGUUAGGCUCUGACCUCACAUGAUUAUGAAUGCAAUAAGCACAUUUAAGAAGGUGAUGUUAGGUUACAACUUAGCGUUUAAAAUAACUGAAUGGUGUUUGCAAUAUUACAGUCUCCUCACAAACUAUUUUGUUUAUGAAUUAAAUACUACAAACGUUAAUAUAUUGGAUCAUUUGUGACAUGCAAGCAUAUAAUUUCACUAUACCAGGGUUAUAUGUUAAUAUUAAUUCAAUUUCUUUUCCGGAUUUUUCCAUAAACCAAUCUCUAUUUCAGUGACAGCAAAUACAUGGAGUAACACAUUGUUAAUAAAGACCUGCUCAUCCAUUUCAAACUUACAGUAUUUGGUAGACUCUGCAGCAAAAGUUGGCAGUAAAGAGCAUAAGGCACUUGCUCAACUUGCAUGGACACCAUCUCAACAUGAGCUGCACAA